AUGGCAUCCACAGUCUCCUCUACUGGCCAAGCUGCCUCAAAGAAAACCCCUGCCGUCGACCCGGCUCCCCAUAUGUCUCCCUCCAGCUCUACUAGUUCCGAUGUAUCUAUGGCCCGCUCCAUCUCGCCCCUCCCCACCCUCAACGUCCCCAGCGACACUCAAAUCUCCGCUACGCCCGCCGGCCUCUACACGCAGCCCGACGGCCCUGGCCUUUCCACCCAGGCCCGCCUCCACAAUGCGGAGGCAUCUGCACUCGCCUUCAACCUUGCGGCCGAGGCCGCGCUUCUGCCUCAUGGCCCCCUCCCCUCUGCCUCGCCUGCCCCGCCUGUCUCCGGACUCGGCGAACUGGACCGGUACUUCCGGUCCCUCAGUGCCCAUUUCACUCCCCUCUCUCAGCCCGCUCCGGACUCCCCGCUCCCGGC